AUGUUCAGUAUCAUUUUCAUAAUAGGAUUUCCAGGGAAUAUUAUUUCAAUUUCAGUGUAUGUUUUGAAGAUGAGGCCAUGGAGAACAAGUAUCAUCAUCUUGCUGAAUUUGGCCAUCACAGACCUCAUGCAUCUCAGCAGCCUCCCAUUCUUGGUUUACAAUUAUGUUAAUCAAGAGCACUGGACUCUUGGGGACUUCAUGUGCAAACUGAUCCGCAUUGUUUUUCAUUUCAACUUGUAUGGGAGCAUUCUUUUCCUCACCUGUUUCAGCAUCUUCCGCUAUAUUGUCAUUGUUCAUCCAAUGAAAUUUCAUUCCAUUCAUAAACGGAGAUGGGCAGUUAUAGCUUGUGCAGCUGUUUGGGUGAUUGCACUAAUUGAGGUCCUUCCAAUGGUUAUUUUUAUGAGAGACAUACAAGAUACUGUAGCUUGCAUGGAUUUUGCAGUGUCUCUGGAAAGGUACAAUGUACGCUGGUACAAUGCUUGUCUCACUACUAUUGGGUUUGCUUUACCAUUGUUGGUGGUGACUCUUUGCUACACCUGUAUCAACUGUAGCCUGGCAAAUGGACCCUAUACUGAUGAUGUCCAAAAGAAAAAGGCCGUAGGCUUGUUGUCAUUCUUUUGGUGGUGUUUUAUGUUUGUUUUUUUCCUUUACAUAUUUUUAGAGCUAUUCGUAUUGAAACACGACUACACCAUGUAA